AGCUGUCCGCUGAACAGUUAAUGUCUCUGCUGGCGUCCUUUUCCUUCUCCUCCCACGCAGCCAAACCAUUAUAAACAUUUCUGUAGAGUGAGGAUACUCCCCAAACUGUCUGUUCUGAGGCCAGAAAGGAUUUGGAGAAGAGCGAGAGACAGAGAUGGCACAAACCGACAGCCUAUGUUCAACUUUCUCUGACAUAGUGGAGAUCAAUGUGGGUGGUCAGGUAUAUGUGACCCGUCUUGAGACUCUCACUGCGGUUCCCAACUCGCUCUUGUGGGCAAAGUUCACCCAAAGCUCCCCAGCAGACCUGCCCAAAGACAGCAAGGGUCGCUUCUUCUUCGACCGGGACGGCUUUCUGUUUCGAUACAUUUUGGAUUACUUACGGGACUCAGAGCUUUUCUUGCCAGAGUUUUUCAAAGAGAGGAAGAGGCUGCAGAAAGAAGCGGACUUCUUCCAGCUACCGGAGCUGUCGAGGCGCCUGGCUGCGGUCAGCAAAGACAGCUCUUACGUGGAGGACAACGGGGAGCCGGAGGAGACUGAACUCACCAGCCCGGUCACCUCCUCCUCCUCCUCGGACAGAGCCCUGCGUUCUCCUGGCGCCAACUCAGGCUACAUCACCGUCGGGUACAGAGGCAGCUACACUAUCGGUAGAGACAUCCAGGCUGACGCCAAAUUCCGCAGGGUUGCCAGAAUAACCGUUUGCAGCAAGAUCUCUCUGGCUAAAGAGGUUUUUGGGGAAACCUUGAAUGAGAGCCGCGACCCGGACCGACCACCUGACAAAUACACCUCCAGGUAUUACCUAAAGUAUAACUUUCUGGAGCAGGCUUUCGACCGGCUGGCCGAGGCUGGUUUCCACAUGGUGGCCUGCAACUCCACCGGGACCUGCUCAUACGGCAGUAACGACCCGGGGGAAGACAAACUGUGGACCAGCUACACGGAGUAUGUUUUCUGCCGGUGAACUGACAGUUAUGAGUGCAGGGGGAGUUGAUGCUCUUAAGCUUCUUCUUUUUCUCUCCCAACAACGUGAGAAAUGAUCAUUUAUUACAUUUAGGUUACAGCGAUUAAUACACAUUACUGUCUCAGUUGUGUUUAGUUUCUCUUUCAUGGAGUUUCUGCUCAGGGGGGCGCGGCCAGAGUUGAACCUUUCUGCCAUUUUCACCUCUACUAAAGGAGACUUCCAGCAUUAUUCUCAUUAUGAACAGUGACUUCAGAAAAUGUCACUGGUGUAUUUUUAUGCCUCACAAGCUUCAUAACCUUUAUGGGUUUUAACAGACAUGUUUGUCUUUGAGUUAAUUACAUAAAUGGGUCCGCAGAUGGGCUAAAAUGUUAAAAGAUGCUGUCUUGCCAUGUUAUAUGACUAAAGAGUCUUCUGGUGAUCAAGUUAACUAAGAUGUGGCCUGUAAAUAUAUAGCUUAAUUUUCACUUGCAGCUCCUGUGCUAUAGCUACACCUGUAAGUCUCAGGUCUUCAUUUUGUGGGUUAACAGUAAGUUGGUUCAAGUAUUCUAUUCCUUUUUUUUUUCUCUCGUAAUAAAUUUUAUCAGCCACACAUUGCUUUCGAGAUAACUUUUUUUUGCGUGUGUGCGUGCUAUUAACUGUUUAAAUGUCUCAUACAGCAAAUAAAGUACAACGUUGUAACACUAA